UGCGAGUCAGUUCAGUUGAGCGCUGGCCGCCAUAGAAGUGAUUGUGUUUACGCGCAUGCGCUGUGCGACAUAACCUUAAAUGAACUGUCAUAUUUACGCACGUAAAUAAACAAGUGAAUUAAAUUGUUUAGUGCAAUAAUUACAAGUUAGCGUUUUAUAUUUUUGUAUUACACAUUUCAUGAAUAUUCCCAAGGAAUGGUGACAUUUCAGUGAAAAAAACUUGUGCAAGGAAUUCGCGAUUGUGAAUAUUUUUAAAGUGAUGAUCACAAACGACAGAGCUUCAUAAAAUGAAACUCCGACUCCUAUUAGCGUUAAGCGCUUUUUUACUGUGCGACGCUAAACUGGCCGGAUUAAAGCAGAUCAUUCCAUCCAACGAGCUACCGCCAAACCCAACGCAGAACACACAAGCGCUAAAAUUGCUGCAAUUUGAUACAAAAAAUGCGAAAACGAGACGUAUAACAGAUCAAUACAAAGUGCGACAACGACGAGAAGUUUUCGAUUCAAAAUCGUACGAAUCGAGUUUGACGUGGGCGCAUUCGGAGAGACUCGAUGAAAACGGAGACGCAGUACUACGAUGGGUGAAUUCAGAUUCGAGUAUCACGUUCCGUCUAGAAGCGAGAACCCGUGGUUAUGUCGGCUUAGGCUUUAACAAGGGGCGUAAUAUGAGAGGGGCGGAUUUGGUGGUCGCCUGGGUGGACGACAGGAAUGGCAACGCUCAAAUUUUGGACUGCCACGGGCUGGAAUUCGAAGACCGGGCUGUGGCUGACGACGUGCAGAACUACGAGCUGAUAUCAGGCUAUCAAAAUGACACGCACACAACUAUAGAGUUCCGAAGAUUGCUCGACACAUGCGAUAGACAGGACUUUGUUAUUGGUGAGGAUACUACGCAAAUCCUAUGGGCGCUAGGUCCGCCCGGAUCAGAUGGGCAGUUACCCAAACAUGUGCAAAGUGGAAGCAGACCUUUACGACUUCUACAACCAUUGUCCAAACCUGAUGAUGCAUCAUUGAUGCAGUGGGAUGUUAGAUUACGUGAUUUAAAAAUACCUCACGUAAUGGCAACAUUAUUUUGGUGUAAAAUUUUCAAAGCACCUGAAUUACCUAAGAAACAUCAUAUGGUUGGCUACGAGCCUAUCAUAGAUAGCAGGCCGAUAAAGAACGGUAGACCAGUGUUGGAGAAGAACAGUCUAUCUCCAGUACAUCAUAUGGUGCUUUAUGAAUGUGCGGAGGACCCUGAUGAUUACGCAUGGAACGAAUGGUCCAAAGGCGAUGGGUACUACGGGCCUAAUAAACCUUCGGAAUGGGCGAUCUGUGCUACUCCAGUCGCAGCUUGGGCUAUGGGAUCUAAAGGAGAAUUCCUUCCUGAAAACGUAGGCAUUCCGAUUGGCAAGCGAGGAGGUGCCAGCUUCUACAUGCUUGAAGUUCAUUAUGAUAAUCAAGCGCUACACGAAGUACUGGAUAGUUCAGGCAUACGUGUGCACUACACGCCGCGAGUGCGAGCGCACGACGCCGCGCUGCUCGGCGCGGGCAUUGGCGUCUCCGCACUGCACGUCAUACCGCCCAAACAGCGACACUACCGUACUGUCGGUAUAUGCGGCUCUGAAUGCACUAACACGAUGAUUCCUGAUGAUGGUAUUACUAUAGUAUCCGUUCUCCUGCACGCGCACGGCACAGCGAAAAAAAUUUCAUUGAAACAUAUCAGAGGCAACAAUGAGCUACCUAGAGUUUCUGAGGAAAAUUCGUAUGACGCUCGCUACCAACAGUCACGAAUUGUUCCUGGCGGUAGAAAGUUUUUAAAAGGAGACACAUUGAUAACCGAGUGUACUUACGACAGUACUGGAAGAGACAAGCCGAUAUUAGGAGGAUAUUCUGCAACGCAGGAGAUGUGCUUAUCGUUCGUGCUAUACUACCCUCGCACACCACUCGCCGGCUGCUACUCAAUGACACCCGCUAAGGAGUUCUUUGAGACGUUCGGUGUCAGGGAGUUCUACGGUGUCGACAUGACGCAAGUCGAGAACACAUUCCUGUCAUCAUCAUAUGUAGAAUACCCGAAUCUACCUUCAGAUCAAGGGAAGGAGUCAGAAGAAGGCGGUAUGCAAGGAGAUGACCAAGGCGUUGGAUUUAUGAAAGAGUUAGUGAUAAAAGAACCAUUGGAGUUCGGCAACAAGUCGUUCAUGGCGCAUUUAAACGAGAUGCCGUGGUCGGAGCCGCUGCUCACGGAACAGAUAGAGAAGACGCUGUACAGCGGCCUGCAUAUGACCUUCUGUAAAAAGAACGAUGACUCCUGGGGAGCGCCGGUUCAGAUACAAACAUAUCCGAAUUUCACCGAACUAACGAACAACGAUACAUCGGAAAAGUCCUGCAACUAUAAAAGCGUGCUGUUACCCUCCGUUACCAAAACGAAUGCAGCGAACAAACUGUCAAUUAGUUUAUCCGCCAUCUUGAUGACGUCAUUAAAAUGGCUGAUUGCGCGGUAAUAUUAAAUGAGCCACUAUUUUUGUUUUCGUUUUAAGUUGUUUUUAUUAUCAAGAUCUUCAUAUUUAAAAGUCAGGGCAUUUUUGUUAUUCGUUUGGAAUUUUCGUUACAAAAACCGAUUUUUUGUUUGUAUGAAAUAUGAUAGGUUAUGUUUUAAAUUGUACUGGAAUAUUUUUUCUUUUUUUUUACUUUAUUCUAAGUCAAUGGUAUGGGAGAGUGAGAGUUUUUUUUGUAACGAAAAUUUUGAUCGAUUUUACAUAAAAUAUACAGUAUAGCUAUUUUAAAUUAGUAUUAUAUGGCCAAAUUUGUAACAAAAGUUGUAUUCAUAGCAUUUGUAUAGUUUAUUAUUCAAUAAUAAGCAAUCCUUAGCUCAGUAUGAUCACAUUUAAAGCAUUUAUUGUUUUUUU